AUGGUAAAUGGCAUCUCGCACUUCAUCCAGGAUUACUCGCGCUUGCAUUCCAAACAGCACCACAUCGCUCACCGGCGGUAUCGUUAUGUUAUACCAAGGGCUGUCGUCAGUGUGACUGAUCUCGGGAAGCUGGCGAUGACACCCCUUGGUCACCAGAAUCGGCAUCGGUGCCUCUUCACCACCUAUUUUAGCAGUUGGCGGUGCUUUGACCGUCUCUUCUGA